AUGGCACUGCGUCCUUCCACUGCUCCUCUGCGUGUCCCGUUGCCGUCUCCUCCAGAGUCCUCUCUUCCUACUCUUGCUGACCCGGAGUCAGACUCUCUUCAUGCUGCCAGUCCUACUGUCACGCGUCUCCUGGCUACUGUUGUCACUAACCCUUCCUUUGAGUCCACUGCUACGUCUGCCUUAGUUGCUGAGCUUGUCAACUUUGCUGCUCGUUGUUGUCUAGACUACGCUGCUAGUCUUGUUGCUGAGUCUGAGUCUGUCUGUCCUUCGUCCGUCGGGGGUGAGUGUGCUCUUAGCAUUUACGUCCUUGAGGACAGGCAGGAGGAGUUCCAGUGUUUUGCUGCUGCUUUGCCUCAUCUCGUGUCCACGCUGAUUGCCCUGAGGGAGACCCGGAUGCACCAGACAUCCCGACUCCUCGAUCGCAUCUACGUCGACGAGGUUCCCCCAUAUGGGGCGAACAUCGUCAGUGCCAUGUGGAUUUUCUGGGUGAAGCGGCCGCCGGGUUCUCUGCCUGUCUUCAAGGCGCAGUUACGUGGCUCGAGGCUUCACAUGCACGAGGAGAUCUGGCUGCGCCGCCCACCUGGCUUGACUGGGUCGUUCCCCCCUGGUACCCGGUGGAGCCUCCAGCGGCCAGUCUACGGUCUCCGCCAGGCGCCCCGUGAGUGGCAUGACACACUGAGGACUACACUUGCGGCUCUUGGGUUUGCUCCUUCUACAGCCGACCCGUCGCUGUUUCUGCGCACCGACACCUCUUUGCCGCCGUUCUACAUCCUCGUGUAUGUCGAUGACUUGGUCUUUGCCACUGCUGACACUGCUGGACUCGCCUACGUGAAGGCCGAGCUGCAGAAGAGACACACGUGCACAGACCUGGGUGAACUGCGCAGCUACCUUGGCUUGCAGAUCACCUGGGACAGAGCACAGCGCACCAUUACCCUGACUCAGUCACACAUGGUGCAGCUGGUCCUUCAGCGCUUCGACUUCACGUACUCCUCGCCUCAGGCCACUCCUUUGUCUACUCGCCACUCGCUCUCAGCUCUGCCUUCGGAUGAGUCCAUAGAGCCGAGUGGCCCAUACCCAGAGCUUGUUGGGUGCCUCAUGUACCUGAUGACUUGCACACGACCUGACCUAGCAUACCCUCUUAGCAUCUUGGCAUGCUAUGUGGCUCCUGGGAGACACCGACCAGAGCACAUGGCUACAGCAAAGAGGGUGUUGCGCUACUUGUGCAGUAUGUCGGGCAUGGGGCUAGUGCUUGGAGGGCGACGUCCAGGUGGUCCUCACAGCCGUGAGGCCAAGAUCUACGCAGGGGCCAUGGCUGCAUAG